AUGUGUGGGGAUUUUAAUGAGAUCCUCACACCUUCGGAAAAGAAAGGUGGACGAGUAAGAAAUGCAAGUAGCUGCCUUGGUUUCAAGACGAUGAUGCAGGUAUGUGGUAUGACUGAUUUGAAAUCAUCUGGUAAUCCAUUUAGUUGGGUAGGGAAGCGGAGAAAUGAGGUGGUCGAAUGUUGUCUGGAUAGAGUGUUAGUCAAUUCGGAGUGGAAUAAUGCUUACCCUGCUUCACAAAUGGAAUUUCUUGAUUUAGCUGAAUCUGAUCAUAGGCCUAUGAUCAUUAAUAUUGAAUAUGAAGAAAAGCAGCGACAAGGUCUGUUUCGAUAUGAUAAACGUUUAUAUCAUAAUGACGAUUUCAAAGAUACAAUCACAACUUCUUGGCAGACUCGUAUGAGACAAACUAAUCAAUUUUCUGCGAAGUUGGUUAAGUGCAGGUCUGCUAUGGCGAAAUGGAAGAGGAGAAAUAGGACGAAUGCAGCUGAGAGAAUCCAAAUGCUGCGUACUCAGAUUGAUGAAAAAUUGCGAGAUGCUUCAAUCCAGGUAUCAGAAAUUCAUCGUUUAAAGAAAGAACUUGGUGACGCCUAUUAUGAUGAAGAACAAUUUUGGAAACUGAAAAGCAGGAACAAAUGGUUACAAGCUGGGGAUCGUAACACUAAAUUCUAUCAUGGUGCGACGAAAGCUAGAAGAUCCAGAAAUUGUAUCAGGCAUGUUGAGGACAAUCAAGGUAUUAUCCACAAGAAGGAUGAAGCUAUAGCUAAGGUUGCUGAAGAAUACUUUCACCAAAUGUUUACCACGUCUAAUACAGCUUCUGUUAGUGAAGUUUUUCCAGAGAUAGUACAAACUGUCACUUCUGAUAUGAAUUCUUUUUUAACAGCGCCUAUUACAGAUAAUGAAGUCAAAGAGGCGGUAUUCCAAAUGGGACCUGACAAAGCACCAGGCGCAGAUAGAUUCACAGCCGCUUUCUAUCAACAAUUUUGGGAACAGAUUGGAGGAGAUGUAUGUCAUAUGGUUAAAAGAUUUUUUGAAACAAAUGAGAUGGAACCAGAAGUAUUAAGCCAGAUGCUGAGUAAGGCCGAGAGAAUGAAAAAGUUCCAAGGUAUGAAAUUAGCAAGGAAUUGUCCAACGGUUACACAUCUACUGUUUGCUGACGACUCUCUCUUCUUCUGUAGAGCUACUCCAUCGGACUGUGGGCAAAUUGCAAAAAUAUUAUCUGAUUAUGAAGCUAUCUCUGGACAAAAGGUAAAUUUUCAAAAAUCGUCAGUUAUAUUUGGUAUGAGGAUUAAUGAAGAAUUCAGAGCUGUGUUACAAGGGAUUUUGGGGAUCAAUAAUAUAGGUGGUGGUGGUAAAUACCUGGGAUUACCUGAACAAUUUGGACGCAAGAAAAAGGAGCUGUUCCAGUUUGUCAUCAAACGGAUAGAGGAGAAACUAGGAGGAUGGUAUAAUCAGUUUCUGUCUCCAGCUGAUAAUGGAAAGAGGAAGACCUCAUGGGUUGCUUGGAAAAGGAUGUCUUUGCCGAAAAAGGAAGGAGCAAGCAUGGAAGAUUUUGACGAACCUAACGUCUCUACUUGCAAGAAUUUACAAAGGAAGGAAGGAAAACGACAAUGGGACAAUGGGAAAUUAGAUCUUUUGUUGACACCAGAAGAUGCUGAUUUAGCACGGACGGUCAAUCUGUCACGUUAUGCCACUGAGGAUAGGUAUAUAUGGCCCUUCACAAAGGAUUGUAGAUACACAGUUAAAUCUGGUUAUUGGUUUGCUACACAUCAUGACCAAGAUGAUAUUAUUAUGCCUCCUACAGGAGAUAAGGAGCUGAAAAUGAAGAUCUGGAAUAUCAAGCUUUUACCAAAAAUCCAACAUUUCUUAUGGAGAGCUUUGUCGGGAGCACUACCAACAGCAGAAUCACUUAUAAAGAGAGGUAUACAAGCUGAUCCAAUCUGCCAGAGAUGUUGUUUAUAUGACGAAACCAUAAACCAUGUAUUAUUUGAAUGCUCCCAGGCGAAGUCAAUUUGGAGAUGUGCAAACUAUACUCUGUUUGAUAAUGCUGUACCAAAUUUGGAAGAGAAUAUCAAAUUGCUACUGGAAAACCAAGAGAACGUGUCUCUACCUAAUCAAAGAAAUGUCCGUCCAAAUGUGGAUGCACAAAAAGGUAUUCAGAGUGCUACGGAAUUCUUGGCUGCUCAAGAGGGUAUUGCUCAAAAUUCAGGAUCAGCAAACUUACCAUUUGUCGCCACAUCGUUUCAGGCAGAAGCUGCAGGUUUUCUUCACGUUUUACAAGUAGUCUGGGCACGUGGUUGGCGAUAUGUGUGGUUCGAAAGUGACAACAAAGAGCUAACGAAGGUUAUUAAUGCGAAGGAAGAUAGCUUAAAGUUGGGAAAUGUACUCUAUGAUAUCAGUUUUCAUGGUCACGUCAAUUACGUUGAACAUCAUCGUACGUACAUAGCUAAGUUCGGAGUCACCAUAGCCAAGUUUGGUGUCAUCAUUUGGCACGCUCGUGGUGCCCAGCCGCUUCCAGUUGGAAGCAAGCGUAAGAAACCUGGUAUUCACAGAGGGUCUCAUACCAUGUCUGAACACCUACUUAUUUAA